CUGGAAUGUGGCGGCCUGUGGUGGCCGCAGCCAGCCGCCGUACUUGUCAGUGUUUUUGUUACAUUGAAGCGCACGUUCGAUCCUCGCUCGUUACAUUGUCGCUGCACUUUAGGGAAUUCCCUGCACUCUCUGUGUCAAUCCGUCUCUCUCAAAAUCUCCCAGUCACUUCCUAAUCCCAACUUCGCUGGUGGAGGUUCGCUAUACCCCAGGGCCUAUCAUUUUUUUCUCCUCUCUUUCCCCCAUGGAGAGGGAGGGUGCGUGGGUUUGGGGGCAAAUGUUUGCUGAAACGUUCCCCAUUCAAAGAAGGAAGCCGUCCUCGGCAGCCCGAAGAACCUCGCUGCGCGCCCGGGAGCGGUGCACCUCUUAGGAAAAUCCCGCUGGAAUCUGCUCCGUUUCAUUAUUGAAGCCAAAGGUAUGCCACCCAGCCUGGCCCAAGAAUUCAAGUAAUUGAUGUCCCACUCCCAGCUUGACUGUCACAAGCUCGAUUAUCAGUAUUGUCUAGUGUUUAGACUCCCAUUCCAAAGAUCAUCGUCAUCCUGGAGUAUUUCAUAUUGUGAACCUCAGCAGGGCGUCAUCAAGCUUCACAGAUAUGAAGACCAUUAUCCAACUAAGCUUAAUCCUUUCUGAAGCAUUUUCUGUUUUAAAAGCUUUGAGACAGUCUGCUAGUCAGGUAACAUCUGUGGACAAAGGCCCUGUUCUUUGCUGAGAUACACACACACACACACACACACACACACACACACACACACACACACACACACACACACACACACACACACACACACACACACACUUCCUAUAAAUAGUUCUGGCCGAUUAUCCCAUGCUCCAACCCAGGUCAGUUAUCUCAGUAAAUAUAAGAUCAAAUUGUGGAGCUGCCCCGUGCAGAAUAAAUGAUUUUACUUACAGUGCCGUCUUAAGCUCUUUUCUAUUGUUUUCUGAGAAUCUAACCAUUUAAGUUAAAAUGGCACCACAUUGUGUCACUGUUAUUAGGCGGAACAGAUAUGAUUGGUUAAUUUCUCCUGUCAAUCUACCAGUCACUGAGAUUGAUUGUGUGCACAUAAUUUGUAUCUAAUUAUUAUCCACCCACUGCUGAAGAAAUUGCCCUGUGUUGUGUUUGGUGGAAUAUAUUGUAGUUUCAAUUAUGAGCGUGUGCUUUGUUUUCAUUGAAACAGACUUGAUGUUUUGUGCUGCUUGAUUGUUUUGCAUCCUGCUUUAAGUCUCACUCCUCAUUGGAGAAUUAUGGCAUACUAAAUAUAUUUGUAUUUUAAUCUUUAGAGUAAUUGGUUUAAAAGCACCAGAUUACUAGUUGUGACUAGUGUCUGGUUUCACAUAAUGGUGAUCUUUUGGCAGGGCUGCAAAAUCAUCACCGCAAGUACAGAAAGUUCUCUGAUCAAAACUGAGCAUGCUCAUUGAAACUUGUUUUUGCUGUCUGCUUAAAGCACAGAGCUAGCCAACUCCUGGACUAUUCGGGUGGUGUGAUGAAUACCAGCAACAGAAUGACUACUGAUUCAUAACGCCAAGCAGUAUGUCAGGUUAUAUACCAAGCUAUCUGGAUAAAGAUGAACUUUGUGUCGUGUGUGGUGACAAAGCCACAGGCUAUCACUAUCGCUGCAUCACUUGUGAAGGGUGUAAGGGCUUUUUCAGGAGAACCAUACAGAAAAACCUUCAGCCAGCAUACAGUUGCAAAUAUGAAGGAAAAUGCAUCAUCGACAAAGUAACAAGAAACCAAUGUCAGGAAUGCCGGUUCAAAAAGUGCAUUGCUGUUGGCAUGGCAACUGACUUGGUGUUGGAUGAUGGCAAACGUUUAGCAAAACGCAAGCUAAUAGAAGAAAACAGAGAAAAGAGACGUCGAGAGGAGCUGACAAAGGCACUUAUAAACAAACCUGAGCCGACAGAUGAGGAAUGGGAACUUAUCAAAACGGUGACGGAAGCCCACAUGGGCACUAAUGCUCAAGGAAAUCAUUGGAAACAGAAGCGAAAAUUCCUGCCUGAAGAUAUUGGGCAAGCACCAAUAGUGAAUACAGCUGAAGGGAGCAAGGUAGACCUGGAAGCGUUCAGUGAGUUUACAAAAAUUAUCACACCCGCAAUUACAAGGGUAGUGGAUUUUGCCAAAAAGCUACCUAUGUUUUGUGAGCUACCGUGUGAAGACCAGAUAGUCCUUCUGAAAGGCUGCUGUAUGGAAAUCAUGUCCCUGAGGGCAGCUGUUCGCUAUGAUCCUGAAAGUGAGACUUUAACUUUGAAUGGAGAGAUAGCUGUCAAAAGAGAACAGUUAAAAAAUGGAGGUCUUGGUGUUGUAUCAGAUGCAAUUUUUGAUCUGGGAAUAUCUUUGUCUGCAUUCAACUUGGAUGACAGUGAAGUGGCUCUGCUCCAGGCUGUGCUUUUGAUGUCUUCAGAUCGGCCUGGCCUUACCAGCAUAGAUAAGGUGGAAAAAAUCCAGGAGUCCUUUCUUCUUGCAUUUGAACACUACAUUAAUUAUCGCAAGCACAAUGUGGCUCACUUUUGGCCAAAACUACUGAUGAAGGUGACAGACCUGCGAAUGAUUGGAGCCUGCCACGCAAGCCGCUUUCUUCAUAUGAAGGUGGAAUGUCCAACAGAACUUUUUCCACCAUUAUUCCUGGAAGUUUUUGAAGAUUAGGAGUCUGACUUUGAAUGGAUGCACUACCCUAAUAUCUGUGAACUGCAUUAGCACUACUGAGCAGUGUUUCAUGGGAUUUCACAGAGUACCUUUUCCAGAUAUGGUGAGAAACAUUCCAUUAAUGCGGGUACUAGUGAUUUUGUGAACGUAGCUUUUUGUACACAUUUCUGCUUAUCUUGUGGACUAAUGUUGUUCAUUUCAUUUUCAAAUAAGGUAAUACGGUAGAAUGUUGCUUUGUGGUGAGGAACUCCAAACUCCAGGUGUCAUAUGAAGUUUCUUUUGCAUAGAUCUUUAAUAGAUUUAGUAUGACAAAAUACUGUGCAGCUACAGCUGCAAGCUGGCUACCAUUGUAUAAGGCUGAACUCAUUUGAUUCAAUAAUUGCAGAGCUACACCAUGUUCUGGAACUAAAAUGCAGGCAUGAACACAAUAACAGAGUUCCUCCCUCUCCCCUCACCAAGAUCUGAGUUGUGGUUUGAUCAUUAUUCGUUGAUCAUUUAAGUACCCAGGACUGUGAAGACUGGGUAAAAUUGAUGCAGUCGGAGUGUACAGUGUUGAUACAAUGAACAUAAAUAAAUGACAGUUCAUCAGCAUUUCACUACAGUAGAGGAAAAACAAAAUAGAGGACGGAAUAACACAAGUUGUUAUUUAUACUCCAGCCUUCUCCUUCAAGCUGCCAAUUUCAAAAUGUAAAUGGAUGUAAAAUAUAAACCUUAUGCGACAAACCACAAUCCCAAUCAGACUCCUCAAAGUGUCAACCAGAGAAUUCAAAUAGAAAAGGUCAGUUUUGCUCUUAGAGUCAUUCUCCUCAGAUUGGAAUUGAGGGUUGUGAGCAAAGACUAUUCAGAGCUCCGUCCUGGUUUUGGCUGUGCUGCACCUGAUGUUCAGGUGUUUGACACCGACAUUGAGAACCAGCUUUUUUUUUAAUCAAAAGAAGUGGUAAUUGUGACAUGGCCAAGCCUUCUAUAUACCACUGACAUCAAAUCUGGAGCUGAGAGGAGAUGGAGUAACUUUCUGACUGCUGACAGUUUAUAAAAUCAUUGUUAGUACCCACACACAUGGAUUUAAGCUGUUGUUCUGGAACUCCUCAUUAGGAUCAUGCUUGAUCUUACUACACAUCAACUUACCAUCUCCAGGGAAAAAUAGACACUCAAAAAUAAUUCUUUUAUUUAGAUCUUUACAUUUGCUCAUUUCCGUAUGUUAUUUCCCACAGCUUAAUAGAGCUCAUAUUUACUUGGUGCUAAUCCAUUUGCAGGUAGAGCUUUAAUGCCAGCUGCAAAAUGGUGCUAUAAUAUCUGAAGCUUUAUUUCUUCGAACUGUGGGAAUAAAUAUUAGCAUUAACAUUUUUUAUAUAUAUAUGCCUUGAUACUGAAAUCCUUACAGUGCCAUUUGGUUGUAUUCAUGAUUAGCAGUAAUGCAUCCUUGCAACUAUUCUAGGUCCUGGUUAAUAUUGCUGAUGAGAACUGCAGGACUGCAAGCCUUGAAAAUGUAGGCUUUGACCUGCAGUUUCCCCUGUGUUCUACCAAUAAUGGUUUCCUAACAAAUGCACACCCUAACCAGUUCCCUUGUCAUUUUCGAUGCACCUCUGUUGACCUAAUAGGAUUAUGCUGAUAGAAAAUUAAAGUUCCAUGCAUCGUUGUCUUAAAAGACCAAAGCCAGACCUUUGAAGGAACUGGUUGGUCCUGGCAUGACUAAACCAAAGGUUUUGUGUUUGAUUUUGUUUUGGCUGCCUAUAGUCACAGUUCUACCUGGAAUGCACCACAUAGCAAGAAACAGCAGCAAAUACACAAAUUUACCGACAGGCAAGGAGAUAAAGGUGGGGAUGCAGGGGUGUUAGAUGGCGGAGGGAAAGAUGGGACAAAAAGUUUUGGGACAGAAAGAAUGCAUUUCAAUCAAAGGAGUAAGGUAGGUGUUUACAUAUUAUUUUUGAGGAAGAAUUUAUUGCAUAAUUUUAAAUAAAUUGGUCUUCUAAAUUGGGUUUAGUUGGUAAAUUACAUAGACUUUGGCAUUCUUUGUAUUCAUUCUGAAUGCUUUGUAAAGUAACAGGUGAAAUAUCCAAAUGCCCACUAGUCACUACUUAGCGGAGCACAAAGGUUAAGAAUAUUGAAUGCGCAGACAAUCAGGAUAAAAAUAACUGCGUAGAAAGCCAGAAUUCUAUUUUUGAUAAAUGAUGCACAUUAAUUAAUAACAGAAUGAUAUGCCUAAGGAAAAAAAAGCCACUUUUGUUAAAAUAAAUCAUACCAGGUAUAUCAUGUUUGCACAGUAUUGAAUAAAUUUAUGAUAUUCCUUGGUAUUGGAAUAAAAGAACGACCACUUUAAAGAAACAAAGAAAAAUACACCUUUUCAAUCCUGUUUUGACAAGUAUUAAAGUGCUGUGAAACUAUGACAGUUUGCUUUUUUUUCUCAUUAGCUGUAAAGUCCUUUGUGAAAGGAAGACAACACUGGCUAAGAGGUAGCACGUAAGCCUGAAGUUGUACUGUAGGAAAUAUAAUUGGUUUGAACUCUGGCAUCAGCAACUAUUAGAAUGUUUUGAAUAUUCCAUAAAUUAAAUUUCAUUUUGCUGUUUAUAUACAAACUGGUACAUUGUGAAAUGUAUUUCUAUUAGGGUCUGUGUUACAAAAGGCUGAAGUAUUCAUAUGGGACAAGAAUGUUUUGAUGAAGAUAUCGCUGCUUUAACUGCCUUUAAAUUUAAUGUCCGUUUUGUUGAUCAUCUUGCUUUCCUGCCAUAUCAGUGCCACGAAGUUAUGUGGUUUUAAAAUACCUGUCUGGUCAUUCUGAAUUUUUGCUUUUUAAAGUGUGUUUCUUUCUGGUGCUUCAUGUGAAAAUUGUGUUGUGAGAUUCUUAAGUGAUGCCAAUGGCAACUAAUAUUGAAUGUCCUUUGUAAUGGAGAGAAUGAGAAGUUAGUACAAAACACUAAACAAAAUGUUAACAUUUCAUUACUCUAGAACAUAUAUAUCAGAAUUACAACCCAACAUUUUCUGGAAUCCUAUCUGAUAGGUUUAGGCUAUCUAGAGUGCAUCAUCUCCCCACUACAGUUUCCACCCAAAAACCCCAAGAAAAUCUUGUUUUUUUCAAGCUCUCUUUAUUAAAAUCAAUAAUUCUUUAAACAUGAAGAAAAAAGGCUUCAAUGUGAGUUAUAAACAAGAUAGUUCUGGAACAAUGGACGGAGAACUGAGAAAAUUGUAGUACCCUGUGUUCUCUGUUCAGUUACAUAUGAUUUGAUUAAUCUACUCGUGGAGGACUUUGGAGUAUGCAGUCUAUUUCACUCAGGAAUGAGCAUCUCAUCCUUUGAUUUUCUUAAGGAUUAUAUCCAGUGCUUAUUCUAAAUAAAUUCCAUAUCCCAUUGUCUUCAGCCACAUCAUUAUAGAUUCAAAAGCAGUGAAUGAACCAAAAUGCUUAGGAUUUUCACUUUUAAGUUUUUGGCAAUGUAUAAGUUGACAGUACCUAAAUAUGUUGCAUUUCAGUUCAUGGGAGAGUAAAAGGAAGUUUGAUCUUAACCAGAGAUAAUGGGAACUGCAGAUGCUGGAGAAUCCAAGAAAACAA